CCGCACGCACGGUCAAUAACGCUAUCGAAAGUCGCGUUCCCCUCGUUUGACCAUGUCUCAACCGGACUAUGUGACCCUGCCCAGCCCUCCAUAUGACGGCGUCUCCCAAGUCGUCUUUUCCCCCAAGAACCCCGAUCAGCUCUUGGUGUCGGCAUGGGAUACGACAGUGCGGCUGUACAAAGUCGGGGAGUCCGAGAAGGACACGGAGAUGAAGGGGAAGUUCGAGCAUCGGGCGCCUGUUUUGUCGUGCGCGUUCGACAAUGAGUCGGCUCAUGGGUUCAGUGGAGGGCUGGAUACAUAUGUCAGACAACUGGACCUCGAGACGGAGAAGAUCACCCAACUGGGCUCGCACGACAAGACCAUCUCCACCAUGUCUUUCGCCCGCCAGCCAAAUAUCCUCGCCACCGGCUCUUGGGACCGCACCGUGCGCCUGUGGGAUCCCCGUUCCUCAUCCGCCUCCUGCCAGACCUCGUCUCACCAAACGCCAGAGCGCGUGUACUACAUCGAUACCGUCGGCAACUACCUCGUCGCCGCGCUCGCCAGCCGCCUUUUCGCAAUCUACGACCUCCGCAAGAUGGACCAGCCGAUGCAGCAGCGCGAGAGUAGUCUAAAGUUCAUGACGCGCAGCCUCGCGUGCAUGCCGGAUGGCACGGGGUACGCGACCGCAUCCGUUGAGGGCCGCAUCGCUGUCGAGUACUUCGAUCCGUCGCCCGCGGCACAAGAAAAGAAGUACGCGUUCAAGUGCCAUCGCUCUACGAUCGGCGACGUAGACUGCGUCUGGCCCGUCAACUCUCUCGCCUUUCACCCCAUCCAUAACACCUUCGCAUCCGCCGGCUCAGACGGAACAAUCUCGAUCUGGGACCACAAGGUCAAGAAGCGGCUGCGUCAGUACCCCAAGUUCGACGCGCCGGUCGCGAGCAUCGCGUUCAGCUGCGACGGCACAAGACUUGCUGCUGGUGUUUCCUACACUUGGGAUGAGGGUCCGGACGCUCUGAACAAAUACCCCGCGCCUUGGGUUGGCGUCCGCAAAGUCGGUGACGAAGUCAAGCCGCGCACCAAGUAGGGCUUCGGCCUGCUUUGGCCUCUUCCUUGCAAAUUCAUGGUAAAUCGCACACGUUGGCCACACGUGUUGUAUAUACUCGAGACAUCGAGUUUCUUGCUCGCCUCCCACAGGACGGCGAUCGCACUUGUACUGUGCUAGUGAUGUAGAUUGUUAGCGUAGGCAAUGUCAGUGGCAUUCCGCAUGUA